AUGUCUGACGGAGAGCAUUUUGUGUCUGGUGGUCCAAAUAAUCACCCGGCAUGCCACAGAACAACUAAAUCCCAGGUGGACCCUCAGUAUGUGGAAAACUUCAGGAGAAAACUGAAAUAUUUCUUCAUGAGUCCAUGCCAGAAGUACAGAGCCAGAGGUCGUAAGCCGUGGAAAAUGAUGCUGCAGAUACUCAAGAUUGUCAUAAUUACCUUCCAGUUAGUUUCUUUUGGAUUGAGCAAUGAGAUGACGGUCACCUUCAAAGAGGAAAAUAUCAUCGCCUUCAAACAUCUUUUCCUGAAAAAUUACCAGGACAGAAAUCAAGAUUAUGCCUUGUACACAAGACACGAGGUUCAUGACCACAUCCUGUACAUAAUCAAUAGGUAUCUACACCUACAAAACCUGACGGUUGAUAAUCAUGCGUUUGAGAGGAUUGAUGACGUGUUCACUCCUCUGUCCAUCUGUCAAGACUUAUAUCGACAUGCUAACGUUUUACCAGCCAAUGAGACUUUUGAUAUUGAUCCACAUGUAGAGACAGAAUGUCUUUGGAUUUACCCCAUUUCACUCUACAAGAAGGAUGAUUUGGAAAAUGACAUGAACCUCACUUUAGAUUUUCAAAGGUUGUUAGCAGUAAACAUCUAUCUCAAGGUAAAGGCUAUCAACCUUCAAACAGUGCGUCAUAAGGAGUUACCGGACUGCUAUGACUUUACCGUUAAUAUCAAGUUUGACAACCAUGCACACAGUGGACGAAUCAAGAUAUCUCUAAGCAGUGAUGUUCAGAUAAAAGUCUGCAAGGACUGGAAGGUUUCUGGCUCAA